GAGCUCCAUCACCGGGAGCUUCCACCGGCUGUAGCCCGAGAGGGAGGCGAGAGAUGCGGGCUCCGCGCUGGACGGACCCCCGCUGUUGUGUUUGUUCUCCCCGCUGCAGCAGCUCCUCUCCCGGCUCCCCUCGGUUCACCUAACGGAGCAGCACCCGGAGGAGACAUCACAGGGACUAUGUGAGCACCAUGCUCGCCGUGGGAUGCCUGCUGUUCGCCGCAGUGUGUGCACGGUGCACCGCGACAGAUCUGCCGCCCGCACAGGAGCUCGUCCAGCCCAAGAGGCUGCUGCAUCAGAUCCGCUCCCCGGAGGAGCUGCUCCACGGCCGGCUGGACACCCGGGUCAGGAACCACACCACCGGGCUGCAGCCGGUCCAUCUGGCCCAGUGCAGCUUCCUGGUGGAGGCGUUCGGCGCAUCCUUCGUCCUUGACCUGGAACUCAACCACGAUCUCCUGUCUACAGACUAUGUGGAGCGUCACUAUGACGACGACGGGCAGCCCUCAGAGAAUAUGGGGGGAGAACACUGCUAUUACCACGGGCGAGUGCGUGGGCUGCCCGGCUCCUGGGCGGCUGUGUCCACCUGCCACGGCCUGAGAGGGAUGUUUUCUGACGGAAGCUUCUCUUAUGGGAUUGAACCUGUCGGCAGUGGAGAGGAGAAUAAUGACCACAUUGUGCAUCGCAUGCCGGACAUUGACCUCUUCCCCCCUCCCUGUCCAGGGUGCUCUGUGAACAGCACAGGGCCUGGGGGGCAGCCAGAUGGCCACGGUGAAGGAGACAGAGAGCUGAGGGAUGAAGACGACUGGUCUGAGGAAGAGGAGCCUGUCGUCAUAGGAACACUGAGACGCUCUAAAAGACAAGUGCGGCGAGGCCAACGCACCGUCCAGACUGAGACCAAGUACAUCGAGCUGAUGGUGGUGAACGACCAUGAACUGUUCGUGCAGCUGCGUCGCUCGACCACUCAGACGAAGAAUUUUGCCAAAGCGGUGGUGAACAUGGCCGAUGCGAUUUACAAGGAGCAGCUGAACACGCGCAUCGUCCUGGUCUCCAUGGAAACGUGGUCGUCUGAAAACAGGGUCUCCAUCGGCGACGAUGCCUUGCUCACCCUGCGCGACUUCAUGAAGUACAGGAAGGAGAGCAUCAAGGAACGCUGCGACGCCGUGCACCUCUUCUCAGGGAGGACGUUCAUGAGCAGCCGCAGUGAGGCGGCGUAUGUCGAGGGCAUCUGCUCCCUCACCAGGGGGGGAGGCAUCAAUGAGUUUGGCAGCGUGGGGCCCAUGGCCAUCACGCUGUGUCAGAGUCUGGGCCAGAACAUCGGGAUGCUGAGGAACAAGGAGCGACCGUCAGCAGGAGACUGCAGGUGUCCAGAUCCAUGGCUGGGCUGCAUCAUGGAGGAUACAGGCUACUACCUGCCGAGGAAGUUUUCCCGCUGCAGCAUAGACGAGUACCUGCGCUUCCUCCAACAGGGAGGAGGCAGCUGCCUCUUCAACAAGCCCAGCAAGCUGUUUGACCCACCAGAGUGCGGCAAUGGAUACGUAGAGCUGGGAGAGGAAUGUGACUGUGGAUCACUGGUGGACUGUGCUCGUGUCGGAGCCAAUUGCUGUAAGAAGUGUACACUUACCCACAAUGCCAUGUGCAGCAAUGGGCUCUGCUGCCGGGACUGUAAGUACGAGCUGAGAGGAGCGACGUGCCGCGAAGCCGUCAACGACUGCGACAUUCCCGAGACCUGCGCAGGAGACUCCAGCCAGUGUUCUCAUAAUGUCCACAAGCUGGAUGGCUACAUGUGUGAUGCUGGCCAGGGUCGCUGUUACGGAGGCCGCUGUAAGACCAGAGAUGGCCAGUGCAGGAACUUGUGGGGCUACAACUCGGCUGACAGGUUCUGCUAUGAGAAGCUGAACUCUGAGGGAACAGAGAAAGGAAACUGUGGCCCAGACUCCACUGGUCAGGGAUGGGUUCAGUGCAACAAGCAAGACGUUCUGUGCGGUUUGCUGCUGUGCACCAAUCUGACGGAGAAGCCGAGGUUUGGCGAGCUUCAGGGGAAGCUCACGAGUCUGACCAUCCACCAUCAGAACCGAUACAUGGACUGCAGGGGAGGCCAUGCUGUGCUGGAUGACGGCUUGGACCUGGGCUACGUGGAGGACGGGACGCCAUGCGGGCCGAACAUGAUGUGUCUGGAGCGCCGCUGCCUCCCCGUCACCACCUUCAACCUGAGCACCUGCCCGGGCUCCUCGUCCUCACGCAUCUGCUCCCACCACGGAACGUGCAGCAACGAGGUGAAGUGCAUCUGUGAUGUCGACUUCACGGGGAAGGACUGCAGCGUCUUCGACCCUCUCCCCAGCCCCACCCCGCCAGACGGCCCGGAAAAAUACAAAGGUCCCAGCGGCACCAAUAUCAUAAUAGGUUCGGUUGCUGGUGCAAUUCUGGUGGCAGCGAUAGUCCUGGGGGGGACUGGCUGGGGAUUUAAAAACAUCCGAAGAGGAAGGUAUGACCCCGCCUUUCAAUCCUGAUCCCCAAAAAAUAUCAUCCCCAUUCUACAUGUCCACAUCAGGCCAUCUUUGUUUUUAUAAUAAUCCUCUGCUUCUUUAUCCUCUGAUCACACACCUCAUUCAGACUCAUACACUUUGUUAUACUCAAAUGUAUUUUUAUUCAUCUUUCACGCAUUUUUUAUUCAUAUACAUUCACAUCACACAGCAUUUAUAUACAGUAGUGCAUUAUACGACUUCACUCAUCAUAAUUUUAUUUCAGUGCAUAUUCAAGUUUGCUUCAUUGGUAUUUUUACUGCAUGUCCCGUAUU